AUGCUUGAGCCCCUCUUUACCACUCCGGACCCUCAGCUCCCCGUCCGGCAGAAGCCACGGGCUAGGAAGACGGCGCCUAAAAAGUUCGAGUUCAUCUCCUCUGAUCCCGCGGGCAAACCUGCCCCCGAGACCCGCAAGUUCAUCCGCAGCCAUGUCAUGCGCGGCAAGAACACCAAGCGUCGCGGGGCUUCCAGAGAUGUCGUGCUGGUGAACCCUGAGGCUCAGCAGGGUGAGGCUCGGAGAGAUGGCAAGUCUGGUCGCCCGGACAUAGGCAUGGAUGUGUCCCGACUCCCAGACUACUACAGAGAUCACCUUCAGUACAGAGCGUGGGUUGAGUCGCCUUCUCUCAUCGCUCGCAUGUUGUCGCCGCCAGACUUGACCCUUUUCAACUUUGCGACUCCACUGGAUAGGAACUCGCUGUAUCUCGUAUACAGAUUCCUUACCACCAUCAAAGACACCCUCUAUCCGGUAGAAUGGUGUUUCGAAACCGACCGCACAAAGGUCUGCUGGUUCCGCUGGCUUCUUCAAGAUGCCACCUAUCUCCACUCGGUGCUCUUCAUGGUCAGCGCGUUCCAGGACCUCUUUGAAAUGCGAUCGACAAAAGGUCGCAAGAGUUACGAGAAUGGCUGGGGCAUCUCGUUUUCCCCACAAACAAGGAGUCGCCUUCGGCAGACCAUCCAGCUGCUCCAGGACAAGAUUGACGACAAGGACAAGCAGGUUGAGGAUGUUACUACGGCUGUGGUAAUUCAGCUGGCUGUCAUGGCGGACGCGAUGGAGGAUGUGGAUGCUUUUGAAGCUCACUCGAACGGUCUACGGAAUAUCGUCAGGUUGAGAGGUGGACUUGAAGCAUUCAACGACAACCGUCAGUUGCAGAUAAAGUUGUGCCGGGUCGACCUCGGCUGGUCCAUCAGGAAUGGCUGCAAACCUGAGCUCUACCAAGGUACACCGACUUGGCGCCCACUACUCGAGACCGUUCACGGCAUCUCUGCGCCGGCCCACCUUCAGACGACGACCGUGGCACUGCUGAGCAUGAUGGAUUCCUGGGACUACAAGCUCAAGAGCGCUUUCAAAGAUCUGCGAGACUUUUCGGCCUUGGCCAACCAGCUCAUCCCUGCUCGUCGAAAGCUGGAGCCUGAAAUAUUCCAAGAGAUUAUGCUGUCGGUUCAGUACCGAUUACUCGUCCUUGAAUACUCCCUAGACGAACAUCCCCUCCGAGAGGCUAUUCGUCUGGGUCUGUUGGCCUACGAGUCCACCAUCUUCCUACAAAUCCAAGGUGUUAAGCUCAAGUCGGACUUGUUCACCUCACAACUACGGGAAGCCAUCGAAGCCAUACCAGUCGAGGGAGAAGCCAUCGCGAACGUCAAGCUGUGGCUCCUCCUCAUUGGUUCCAUGGUCAUCUUUGAUAGCAAGGCGCCCUGGCUGGCGCAGUCGAUCCAGAGCCUGACGGGUCGGCAGACUUGGUCCCAGGUUCGGAGGCGCGUUAAGGAGGUCAUGUGGAUUGACAUUAUUCACGAUCUUGCUGGGAGCGAGGCUUUUGAGGCUACUCAGGCGGGACGUGUGCUGUGA